UCCCAGCUCACCCCUCUGGAAUAUUGCGGAGUCUGAAGUAUAGUUGUGUAAAGGAACUGAAAUUGCACGACACAGGGCAGCAAGGAGCAAACAAAAGCUUCUUUUUUAUUCUAUUUUCUGCUCUCAUUUGUUAAUCUCCCGAGUACCGACUUGGUAGAUGGCGACGCGGGGGAUCAGAGACUUUAUGAAAGCGUGCUGAUUGAGGAGAAUAUAUCAAAGUGAGCUGGUGAAGGAAAAAGGACAGUGGAAUGAAGUUUUCAAAGUUUUUCUUUCUGUUUUUUCCUUCGCGGGCUUUGGGUCUACGCUUGAUUUAGACUCUCUUCUGGUUUAGAUAACUGCUCCGCUUUCUUUCUUCUCCUGCAUCCUCAUCUGCGCUGCUUCUUUUCUUCCUUUCCUCCACUUUAUUUAUUGGUUCGGAUGAAUUUAAUCAGAAAAUUAGCAUUUUGAUGCUGUUUCCACCUCUUGUUUUGCUAUUUUGCUGAUUUCCUUUGAAAGCUCCAUUUUUUUCCCUUCAGGCGAAUUUGAUCGCUUACCUCGAGGGAUCCUAUGUUUGUAUUUGUAUAUGUUUUCUUUGCUAUGUUUAAUUUCUUGGUUACUUAGUUCUCCAGCCUUAUUGAUUUUCUUUGAUUUUUAGCCCCUAACAAUAGUUUGUAACUAGAUCCUAGACAUCGGCCAUGUCGAUCUAGAUAUAAUCCCUUAAAAACGCCAUCUUUAUUUUCCGUAGUAUGGGUUGUUUCUUGUACUUCAGAGGGAGAAGCAGGAACAAAUGGAAGUACGCCCCUGAGACAACUAGGGCAUCUUCUUGCUCUUCAAAGAAAGAAACUUUCAAGCCUGACGAUUCACUGAUCACAGCUCCAACAAGCAAAUCUUUGAGCUCUACGGCAUCGCCACGGAGCCUUCCUUCUUUGUACGAGGAGAGGGGGCAGAACUUGAGAGUUUUUGAGCUCAAGGAGCUUAGGGCUGCUACUAAUGAUUUCAGUAGGUUGUUGAAGAUUGGGGAAGGAGGAUUUGGUGGCGUUUACAAAGGCUUUAUCAAGCCUCCAAAUGGUAUUGGAGAAAGGAUUACAGUGGCUGUUAAGAUCCUCAACCAGAAUGGUUUGCAGGGGCAUAAGCAAUGGCUGGCAGAAGUGCAGUUUCUUGGAGUUGUUGAUCACCCAAAUCUUGUAAAACUCAUUGGAUACUGUGCUGUUGAUGGUGAAAGAGGGCUGCAAAGACUGCUGGUCUAUGAAUUUAUGCCCAACAAUAGCUUAGAUUAUCAUUUAUUCAGCAGAGCUCUGCCUCACAUUCCCUGGAAUAUAAGGCUCCAAAUAGCUUUAGGUGCUGCAGAAGGGCUGUUAUAUCUGCAUGAAGGAUUGGAAGUUCAGGUGAUAUAUCGUGAUUUCAAGGCGUCCAACGUGCUAUUAGACGAGGAAUUCAAACCCAAAUUAUCAGACUUUGGUUUAGCAAGGGAAGGUCCUACAGGAGAAGAAACUCAUGUAUCGACGGCGGUGAUGGGUACCCACGGCUAUGCAGCUCCCGAUUAUAUCGAGACCGGCCAUCUAACUUCAAAAAGCGAUGUUUGGAGCUUUGGCGUCGUCCUCUAUGAACUCAUCACCGGAAGGCGGUCGAUGGAGCGAAACCGUCCUAAAAACGAGCAGAAGUUGCUGAACUGGGUGAAGCAAUUUCCAGCCGAGAGCAAGCAGUUUAGAACGAUAAUGGAUCCAAGAAUGAAUAAUCAGUACUCCAUGAGUGGAGCGAGGGCGGUCGCGAAGCUCGCAGAUAGGUGCCUCUCUAAACAUGCGAGGGAUCGGCCGAAGAUGAGCGAGGUGGUGGAGACUCUGAAACAGGCAUUGAAGCUCAAAGAGGAGGAUGGAAAGGAGGAGCCUUUUGAAGAGGAAGCGAAUGCCGCUGCCGUCGCCGCUCAUUCGGAGAGUGAGAAGGAGAAUCAGAGGGGGGAUUUGUUGUCGGCGAGGAGAAGAAUGCUUCAUCUGGCGAAACUGGCGCAGAGCACUAAUGUGGUGGGAAGGAAGAAGCUUGGACAAAUUGCGGGAGGUAAUCCAUCAUAGCCAUGCGUUAACUAACUGGAAUUUGGAAAGCUGCUUUUUUUUUUUUUUUUUUUUUUUAAAAACAAUUUUCUCAUAUUUAAAUGUUUGAUAGAGAGCUCAUGGGUCAUCGCAGUCAAUGAUCAUAAUGGAUGAAAAUUAGGUGCAGGUGAACCCAAGGCUUGUAAUUUUUCUUUUCCUUUUUUUCGUAGGUUAUUGUAAACUCCUUGGCGACUGUACUAUUUAUU